AUGAUGCUGUCUCCUGAUUUGAGCCCUUUGCCUUGCUGUCGGCACCGUCGCAGGUGGCUGAGCGAAUCGGACUUGCAGCCACUGCUUCGGCCACUUAUGACGAGCCGUACCGCGUGGCUCGUCGCUUUGCUUCAAUGUUUCACCUCAGCAAUGGCAGAGCGGCAUGGAAAAUUUUACCCACUGGAA